GCUCGCCCUUGUACUCUCUCUCGCAGUCGUCGUCGCCCCCCUCCUCUUCCCGACGUCUGGUGGUAUCGGGUUUCGCGUGGCGUGGAGGUCCUUCCGAAAUCAGGAUCGGUUUCGCUGUUGGCGCGGAACCCUAGCUUGCUUCGGCAUUGGAGUUCUAAUCGAAUCCGCCCACCUACGCUAAGCCCGCCCCAAGUCGCAGGCUCUACCGGAAUUCACAGAGACGGACGGGGAACCGGCGAGAAGAUCGAAUUCUGACUGCGCCGGCGAUGGCGAGCAGCUCGGCUCCGUCGCAGGUCAUCUGCGCCUCCUUCAAUCAGGACAACAGCUUGUUUUCUGUGGGGACGAAGGAAGGCCUCAAGAUCUUCGACUCCCGUAAUGGGAGGCUCUGCUAUGAAAACAAUCUUGGGGGAUUAAACAUUGUGGAAAUGCUAUUUAGCACAAGCCUUCUUGCCAUUGUUGGAACCGGUGAACAGCGUGCAAUGUCUCCUCGCCGUCUCUGCUUGUUCAAUACCCAAACAAAACAAUCGAAGAGAGAUCUGAACUUUAAGACUUCAAUUUUGGCUGUUCGAUUAAAUAUGAAGAGGCUUGUUGUUGUAUUGCAAGACAGGACUUUUGUUUAUGAUCUAAAUAGCACUACUAUCUUGGAAGAAAUUGAAACAGGACCCAAUACAAAAGGUCUAUGUGCAUUUGCUCCUAAUUCAGAAGAGUGUUAUUUGGCUUUGCCAGCAAGCACAUCUAAAGGAUCUGCUUUAGUGUACAAAACAUCAGAACCUGAAUUAAUAUGUCAGAUAGAUGCCCAUCAGGCUCCAUUAGCUGCAAUGGUUUUUUCUUCGAAUGGCAUGUACCUGGCAACGGCUUCUGAAAAGGGUACUAUGGUUAGAGUACAUCUCGUCACACAAGCAACCAAGUCACAUAGUUUUCGCCGGGGAACAUACCCAUCGACGAUCUAUUCACUGGCAUUUAGUCCAUCUGUUGAUCUGCCUGACGUUCUUGUUGCCACAAGUUCAUCAGGCUCUUUGCACCUAUUUUUCCUUGAUGCUGCCAGAAAUGGAAGGAGGCAAGCAAAUACAUUGCUCAGUUCAGUAAUUCCUGGAUCAGUAACUGAUGCUUUGGACCCAGCUAAUCAUCAUGUUAUUCACAAUGUUGUCCCUGCAGACAUCAAGAGCUAUCUGGCAGUACAGAGUGUUGAAAAUUCGCAAAAUUCUUCCAAACUACCUGCGUUGAAGACUGUAAUUUACAUUGUAACACAAGAUGGGUACUUCCGGGAGUAUGUGAUCGGCACAACCAAAUCAAAUGAAUCUUCAUGGUUGUUGGAGCGUGAAUUCAAUUUCCUGGAUUCUGGCUUGAGUACUCUCAAGCACAAUGAGCAGCACAUAGACUGACUAGUAAAGCUUGCUGACUGCUCUCUCCUCCGACCAGGACUUGUUGGGUGAUUAUGUCUGUAUAUAUACUCAUGCUGGUUCUUAGGCAUGACUUAACCGUGCAUUGGGAUUAACUUCAAUUGUACAGAGCGUAGAGAUGCCCAUCACCGAUGGGAAUUGGUGUGUCGUAGCGCAUGUAAAUUAUUUAUUGAAUCGAACAGCAAGUCUGAUGCAAUACAAAAAAAGAAAAAUCCAGACAUGUUGAUUUCAUUUUGUGCCAGU